GGUUCAUUUUCACUUUGUAAAAUAGCGGUUAUGUAAACAUUCAUCAUUCGCUCUUCUUCCCUCCCCCAUUUCACAACUGCCAUAAUAGUCUCUCAACAUGUUUUUGCUCUAUUACAAAUCUUGUCCAAUUUUCUUUUGCAAUGCUGUGUUCUAUUUAUAAUUAAAUAUGCUUUAGAUUGCUCCGGUGAUUGCUACUACACAAUGUGACUCUUCCAAAAUGACGCAGACACCUGGCGAACCAAGAAUUCCUUUUAAAGGGAAAAAAAUGCUCUCUGAAUCUGAGUGCAUGUGCCCAGUAUACAUUAGCUUACUCAUCCUACCUGUAACGUUCCCCUGCAAUCACUCACUGUGUUUACAAUGUUACAAGGAAACAGUGGAAAAAGCCAACCUCUCAUGUCCAGUCUGCAGGAAGCGCAUUUCAGUUUGGGCCAGAAAAGCUGCCAAGGAAAAUAAAUUGAUAAACAUGGAAAAGUGGAAAGACAUCAAAGAGACCUUCCCUGAAAAAGUGAGGCGCAGGCUGGAAGCCAGUGAAGAAAGCAACAGUGAAGAUGAGGAAGAUGAUUUUGAAGCCCAGGAAAGAAGACAAAUUUCCUGUCCUGGAGAAAUCAGACAAGAAUAUGAAGCUGCUAUCCAGCAGAUUCAGCAAAAAAAGGACGAACAGGCAAAGAAAGAGGAGGAGGCCAGUAAAGUACUGUUUGAAGCUCUGCAACAGGAAGAAUUUUUCUCAGAGAAAGUGGAAAUAGAAGAGAAAGCACUGAUGCUUGAAAAGAAAAAGUCUAAAAAAAAUAGCCUCUUUCUGAAUCCAGUUGUCAGAUUAAAGAAGUGUUUAGAAGCAGAGGAUAUAGUGUUGAGUUGGAGAGCUAACAACUGUCAGCCUAACACUGAAACUUUCCAUGACUCUUCACAACUCACAGAAAACAGAUCAGCUAUACCUGCUGGCAAUAGUUCAGAAAAGACUGAUGACCUUAGGUUUGUAACAAAAUUACAAGAAUUUUUUGACUUAAUGGAUAAAAAAAGAAUUGUGGUGGAUAGGUCAAAAGGAUCCAGAAAUGAAUAUACAUUGCGUAGAAAGCAUAAAUGUGAUGAGUGACUGUUACAUUGUGUUGUUGAUUGUUAUAUGUUGGGUUGAGUUGUUUUUUUUAUGUUUUAGUAAUGUUUUUGUUGUUGGCUACUUUCUUUUUGAUACUGUCACAUGACCCAUAACAGUCUGACCUUUUGCACUUACCUAUACUAUUGAAUGACAUCGUCAUACAAAAUAACAAUUUAAAAGAAAGAAUAAUUAUAAGUUAUGUUCUUUAUCAGCCUCUAGGCAUCAAUUUAUUGUUUACGUCCAGAAUGUACAGAAUGCUGUGUAAACAUAUGAUGUUAUUCUAAACAUAGACUUAUUGUUCUUGAGUUGUUGAUUCCAAGUGCUUCCUAUUCUAUCUAGAUCACAUGUUUUUGAAUUAUAUUGGUCUAUAUAUAUAUAAAUAUACAUUACAAUUUAUUGAUGAUUCUAUUUAUCCAUCAUUUGAAACCUUUCAUUUACUUUUUUUUACUGCUAAUUAUCAAACAAAAUGUCUAGAUUACAUGUAUGAUCUUUGCAUAGUCUAUGCCAAACAUUUACCCUGUAUUGUCAUGUUAUAUUUGAUAUUUUCAUGUAUUAACUUACUGCCAAAGCCUUAAAGAGAAAUACAUUCAUUAAUCUCUGAAGGUAAAUUUAGCAUUAUUUGCUAAAACUUUGCAAAAAAAACAACACUAUUUGAAAAUUAUUUGAAAAUGUCUAAUUUUUUUUUUUUAAACUUUAGCAAGCAUUGUUUAUUAGAAUACUAUCAGACUUAAUCAAAAUACAUUUUCUUAAACUAAAUUGAACUAAAACUUUGACAGCACAUUGAUUAAAAUGUAACAGACUUUGUUUUUGUCAUGCCUUGUAAUAAAAGCCUUAAUGACAAA